CACAAAAAUAAAACGAAAAAAUUUGUGGUUCCAAAAAGGGUUUUUGUGAAAACAAAUCUCUAUUUAUAGGUUUGUAUCAGUUACAAUUCUGGGCCCCAGAAAAUGUCGCAUCAAACAGGAAUAAAAGCCAAUGAAACACUGAAAAAAUUCUUUUCCAAAGCUAAGGAGGGAAAGAUACGAUUGUUUAAAGUAGCUAUAGAAGAUGAACAAUUGGUGCUAAAAGAACAACACAACGAGAAAAGUAACUGGGAAAAAGACUAUGACAAAUAUGUGAUUCCAUUGAUUGAAGAAAAUCAACCUUGUUACAUCUUGUAUAGAUUGGACAAUAAAACUUCCCUAGGAUAUGAAUGGCUGUUCAUCAGUUGGUCCCCAGAUGGUGCUCCAAUCCGUCAAAAAAUGUUGUACGCAUCCACUAAAGCCACCCUAAAGCAAGAAUUUGGCUCUGCUCAAAUCAAAGAAGAAUUACAUGGCACCAGCCUAUCUGACAUUACGCUGGAUGGUUACAAGAAGCACAAAAAAAGCGUGGCAGCUCCUGCUCCAUUGUCAAUGCGAGAGGAAGAGCUGCAGGAACUUAAAAAAACUGAAGUACGCACCGAAAUCAGUAUAACGACUAAACAGCAAACUUUAGGAGGUGUGGAAUUUCCUUUGACUAAAGCUGCAACUGAAGCUAUUGAAUCAAUGGCCUCGGGUGUCUAUGAUUAUAUACAAUUGCGCAUAGAUAUUCCAGAAGAAACGAUUCACGUGGCCAGCGCUGGAAAUAUUUCUUUGGAAAAACUUCCUUCGAAAAUUCCAACUGAUACUGCUAGAUAUCAUUUAUUUAAUUUUAAGCACACGCAUGAAGGUGAUUAUACAGAAAGUAUAGUAUUUAUUUACUCUAUGCCAGGAUACAAUUGUACAGUCAAAGAAAGGAUGCUUUAUUCUAGUUGCAAAAAUCCACUUACCAAUUCUAUUACAAAUUUAGGCUUGACAAUUGUUAAAAAGAUUGAAAUUGACUCAGGCUCUGAGCUUACAGAACAAUUUCUAUUAGAAGAACUUUAUCCUACCAAUAGUCUGCAUCGUCCGAAAUUUGCCAAACCCAAAGGCCCACCUGGAAGGGGGCCUAAAAGGAUGACAAAAAAUCAAUAAAGUAUUCAAUAUUAUAUUAUUAGGGUAUUUUAAGCAAUUGCUUUUUGAUGGUGUGGGAAAUUUUUGUAUCUUUGUUAGCAACCAAUAAAACUUGCCAGUAAGAGAAAAAGUUGAUUGCUAAAUAAUAAUUGCAAUGUUUAUUCCUUUGUUAGGUGAUAUAAAAGUAUAGAAUUUCAUUUACUAUAUAAAUUAUUGGUGUAUUGUGAAACUUGAUUUUGAUCCAGAAAAAUCAAUUUCUGCAUCAUCAAGUAUACAAGUAUUUAACGCUCAAGUAUCUAUUAUGUUUUGUGCUGUUGUAGCUUUACCAUAUUUUUAUACUGUUAAAAAAUCAAACUCUCAGCUGCUUAUGGAUCUUUCCAAACCAAAUUGUAAGUUAUAUAUAUAUUUUUUUUUUUUAAAUAAAGAUAGUUUAUUAUUCACUUGCCAAUUUGGUGGUUUUAUUUUUAUGUUUCCAUGUCACUUUCAUUCAUCAAAUUUCUAAAAACAGUUAAAGUAGAUUCUAAAGGUGCCAUAAUUUCCAUUGCUAUAUCUAAUUCUUUGUCGCAAGCAAGGCUAUCGAUAAUUUUUGACAUUUUUAGCUUGAAAUUUUCCUUUUUCUCUAAAAAUUGGAUUUGUUUUGUGUUGUCCGAAAAACCAACUAGUACUUCACAAGCUACAUUUUCCUCGCCAACUAAAUUAGAUUUGUCUCGAGAUUUGUCU